GACGCUGUAAAGAAAACAGAAGAAUGUGAGCAAGAAAUUGAAAAGUUGAAACAAUUCUUAAAGAACCACUUGGUUGAAAUAUCACAUGAAGAUCAACCACUGGCUCAGAAGACCCGUUGUCCAGAGGGAGAAAUGGAAGCUGUAAAAGAAGAAAUCAUAAAACUGUGCCAAAGAAAAGAAGAUAUCCUUACUGGGAUGAAGAAUUCAAUGUCUGAGCUUCACCAGCACUUACAGCAAGAAGUGCCUGAAUCAGGAGAUGAGUCCACAGCCUCUGUAUUAACACAGAGUAACUUGAUUGGGACUGAUGUUUCUGGUCAGCAGUUGAAAAAGAGAGGAAUGAUGUCUCUUCUACCUUCCUUAGAUGAAGAAUUAGAAGACUGUUCUUUGCACAGCAAAGGGAGUACGGCUGCAGAGAGGGAUGGGAGCUUUUGGCCUUUGGAAAGAGAUGAUGAAAAGCGCAAGGAAGGCAGUGCAACCUCCUGGUCUUCCGGUACUUUGUCAGAUGGCAUUGUUCAGGAUGCUGAUGAGAUAAUGGGAUCACACAGUACACAGGGUGAGGAGUCUGUGCAAACUUUGCAGAGCGCUGAAGAACCUGGCACAGGUGAUAGCAGACAGGCUAUGGGUGACAAGCCGCCUCCUGUCCCCAACUCUGCCCGUGACUCUCGAGGGAAAGUGGGAGGUUCAGAGGAAGCUCUGGAUGGCGGCAGGCCCGAGCCGGAAACGAUCCUCCAGGUCUGCCAGGCUCAGGUUGCCGAGCUGGAACAAUGGCUAAACAAAACUAAAGUGUCCCUGAGGUCAGACCCCCAGAGCCCCAAAAUGCAGCAGAUGGUGGAGCUGGAGCUUGCUGAUUGCCAGAGUGAUUCAAAAGACUGGUAUAAGAUUGCUUCCAAACUGGUGAGGUUAUCAGAGAUUGAACAAAAGGUCCUUUCUUUGCUGGAAGAUUGUGGAGAUAGUGCAGACUGCCAACGAGAGACAGAAGCUCUUUCCUCGAAGCUGAAGGAAGUAAAGUGCAAUUUGGAAAAAGCCCAGAUAAUGCUUCAAGACAAAUACAAUGAAGAGCAGGAUCCAAAAGUAAAAGCAACUGAGCAGAAAAGCCUCAUUGACUUCAUUGAGUCGUGCGUGGAAAAAAUGCAGCCACAGUUGGAGGACAGUGUGACUCAGAAAUUAGAAUCAAGCCAUGGAGAAUCUGACCCAAAGGGCAAGCAGGCUGAUCCCGUCUUAGCUCCAAAGGACCAAACGGGUAAUAAAUGGCAAUAUUUACAACAAGAGCUGUCAUCAAAGAUGAAGUCUCCUCUCUGCCAGCUUGUGGAACCUCAGAUUACGACAAAGAUGAACAUGCUGCCCCGAGGCGCAUUUGCUAGUGCAGGAACCCCAACUGUGGAAGAACUGAAAACUUACACAGUCCAGCUGGGAGACCUAAGCCAAGAAGCAAAUGUGGUGCAUGCACAGGAUAACGUGGCAGAGGAAGUCUCUUCCAAUUUGGACAGAAAAUUGUUUGAGCUGCUGCUGGCAAUCAGCCGAUGUUUGAAUAACAUGGAGGAGAUGUUAAACACCUCGGUCCUCUCCACCGAAGAGGCGGCUGUGCAGCAGGCUCUUUAUGAGACUCUUUCUGUCGAGCUGCAAAAACUUCACGCUGAUCUGAGUGAUAAAAAGGAGGAUCUUCUAAAGUCUAUUAGCUGUGCCGGUGGGAGCACAGAUGUGUUCUGUGAGUGCUUUAACAACUUGCAGGCACGGCUGGAACAAACUCAAGCUGCCACUGCUUCAAGGAGCAACUCAAUGAAAGCUGGACUGGAUCAUAAUAGCAAUUAUCAGAAUGAAACCAGGCUACUCUAUGAUCAGUUAACUGAGAAAAAAGCUACUCUGCAACAAAGCCUCAAUGCAAUACGUGGACAUAAUGUUACUGAACAGCUUCAGAAAACUGAUGCCUGUGCUUUGGAGCUGCAAAACUUUGAAAACCAAGUAGCAAAACUGAGAGGCCAUGGGGAAAGAUUUCAGUUACCUCUCACCUUAAUCCAGGAAGCUUAUAAAUUAGAGGAUGUUUUGGAUGACAUGUGGGCAAUUCUGAAAGCAAAAUAUGUGGAACUGAACUCUCCUUCCAUCAGUGAGAGCAAGUAUGAAGACUUACUUUGUGGAUUUGCAGAGCUGGUAGCUAUUGGACGAGAGAAGAUUGCUCAAGAUCCAAAGCAGCUAACAAAAAGCAGAGCAGCUCUACAGUCUCACCUGGAAAAUCAUAAGGACUUUUUCCACAACCUCAUGACCCACAUGGCUUUCAUGCAAGCAUUUUCCAAGAAAGUGACUCCCUCCGUUCUACAAAAGAGAGAGGAAUUCUGGAGAGAGCUGGUGAAUGAAGUCAAACUGCUGGAGCAGAAGGCCUGCCAAUAUGGUAUACACUUAGAGAGCCUGUUGAAGGAAUGGAUGGAAUUUGAUGAUGAAUGUCUAGUUUUCAAUAAGGACUUAGAGGCACUUGCCUCUAUAUUGCCUUCUGUGAAUUUGGUUGAAGAAACAGAAGAAAGACUAAUGGAAAGGAUUACGCUUCUAGAGCAAAUCAAAAGCAAUGUUGAUGAAAAGCAUGCCAGGCUGUACCAGAUGGUGAAAGAAGGGAAGAAAUUGCUGACUGCUGUGAGCUGUCCAGAAAUAAGAAGCCAGAUUGGGAAGCUGGAAGAGCAGUGGUUGUCUUUAACCAAAAAAGUUGGCCAUGAACAACACCAACUUCAAACGUUACUCAAACUCUUGGUCAGCUACAACAGAGACUCAGAGGAAUUGAUGAAAUGGCUGGAUUCUGCUCAGCAGAGAAUGAAUUUUUGGAAUGAGCAGUCUCUCAACGUGUCACAAGAUCUUCCCACCAUCAGGGAUAACAUCAACAACUUGUUUGCGUUCUCUAAGGAAGUUGAUGAAAAAUCUUCCCUGAAGUCAUCUGUGGUGAGCACUGCCAACCACCUCUUUCAUGUGAAGCAAGCUGAUACUGCAGCACUUAGGUCAUCUUUGGCAAAGUUUGAGCAAAAAUGGGGAGAACUGAUUACACAGCUCCCAGCCAUCCAAGAGAAGCUUCACCAGCUUCAGAUGGAAAAACUUUCAUCACGGGAAGCUAUUGCUGAACUAAUGACCUGGCUGGACCACGUGGAACAACAGCAGGAACAUGAGGAGCCAAUAAAUUCUCAGUGUAGUGCUGCCCAAGUCAGAAGUCUCCUUCAGAAGUACAAGGAAUAUAUGAUGGAAAUGAACUUCAAACAGUGGAUAGUAGAUUUUGUUAACCAGUCACUCCUGCAGAUGAGCACUUGUGAUGUGGAAAGCAAGCGGUAUGAAAGGACGGAAUUUGCUGAGUGUCUUGGAGAGAUGAACCUGCGGUGGCACAGGCUGCAGGCAUCUCUGAACAGAAAGAUACAAGACCUGGAACACAUUUUGGAGGAUAUUACUGAAAAUGAGAACAAAGCACAGAAUCUACGCAACUGGCUGGAAGCUCAGAGUGACCGACUGAGAUCUUUACAAACUCCAGCAAGUCUGAUCUCUGCACAGAACACAUUAGAUGACUGCAAGGAGUUAGAAAAUCAACUCACUACUAAAUCUGAAACUCUUGAUGAGCUCAAGCAGAGUGUGGCUUUCAAUGGCAGUGCAAAACAAACCCCAGAAGCCCUAUCUCUCAGGAUACCUAAGCUGUGUGAAAUGAUGGACAGCAUUGGAAGCCAGGUUUCACAGUUAAAAACCUCAAUGCAAGCAAUACUGGAGCAGUGGAGAGUAUAUGAUGAAGUUUAUGCAGAAGUCAGCCUGAUGAUAACAAGAUAUUUGUACUACGUAGACCAGUGCAAACCUUCUGUGGUAUCACUGGAAGCUUUGAAAAAUCAAGUCAAAACUCUCCAGUCUCUUCAAGAUGAAUCAGAGAACAGUGAAGAAGGCUGGGCCAAGCUCCAGGCUGCUGCCAGUAAUCUGAAGAAGAACUGCUCCCCCUCCUUUGCUGAGAUUGUUGAACAGAAGUGCACGGAGGCACACGCUAGGUGGAACUCAGUAAAUGAAGACAUCACAGAUCAACUGCAGGCAGCACAAGCAACCCUGCAGCUUUGGGAGCCCUUCGACACUUUAUGCACCGAGGCAGCAGCCAAGUUACAGCAGCACAAAGAGCAAUGUGCUCAGUUCUUGGACACUCACGUGCCUGAAGAUAACACAAUAGAAACCCUGAAGCAGAGGAUACAGGAUAUAAAGAAUUUACAGCAUGGCCUUCAAAACAUAGCAGGAUGCCAUACGCAGAUUUCUUUGCUGGCUGAUCGGAUAAAACAGCAGGCUGGGACAGCUGCACAAGCCAUUCUGUUGGAGAAGCUGCAGCCACUCCAGAGAGCAUCCUAUUUGGAAAAGAUGUUGCAGAGGAAGUUAGAUGAAUUUGAGUUCAAUCUUUUACAACUGGAGGAUUUCAAGAACUGCCUUGAAACGCUGGAGGGUCAUGUCAAGAAUUGCACAGAUGCCUUCGAUAGUCUCUGUCUAGAAGGAGAAGCAGAUAACUCAGAAUUGCUCGUGAAUCACACGCUGGAGCUUGCUGCACUUUCUCCACGCAUAGAGAGUUUGAAUGAAACGAGCAUUAAGCUGCCACUCAGUGACUUCACCCUGAAGAAAAUACAGAGCCUGACUCGGCAGUGGAGUCAGAAAACAGCAGCUGCUCUGGAAUGUUGCAGUAUGCUUGAGGGAACUCAAAAUGAUGAAAAGAAAUUCUUUCAGAAAUGUGAAAACUGGAUGAAAUUCCUAGAAAAAAUGAAAGAAGCCCUAAAAACAAAUAUUCCAGGACGGUUUGAAGAACUGCAAGAGCAACAGAGAGUAUAUGAGAUGCUGCAAACUGAGAUUUCCAUAAAUCAGCAGAUAUUUAAUUGUAUCAUAGCAAAAGUUCUACUCUCCUUGGAAUCUGGAGAAGCAGAGAAAAGAACGGAGUUUAUUUCCAAGCUCACAUUGGUGAAAGAGCAGUGGCAGAACGUUAUCCGGAUGGGUCAGCAGAGGAAGAAAGAUAUCGAUGAACUUGUGAGCCAGUGGCAGCUCUUCAGGAGUUCCCUGCUGAGUCUCAGCAGGUUUCUUGCUGAUACGAACAGCUUCGUCGUAGCUGUGAAGAGCCAGGACUGCUAUAGCCUUUACCAGCUUAGAAAUCUAAUUAAUGAUUUCAAGAGCAAGGCAGUGAUUUUUCAGAGGUGGCAAACCAUGUACUCGUUAAUCAUCGAUGUUGGGGAGAAGUUGCGCACAGUCUCCGAUCCCGAGACCAGUGCUGCUCUCCAGGAGGAGCUCAGCCAGUUACAGGAGAGUUGGGGGGACACCCAGCUCCAGCUGGAGAAGAAGAAGAUGCAGCUCAGCAGCACCCUACAGAGCUGGGACUGCUGUGAAAACCAAACCAAGGAAUUAGAAAACAGGCUGCGGGAGCUGAAGAAGAAAGUAAAAGAUCCACUUCCAGUUGAAAAUGAAGAACUCUACAAAGCCAAGGAACACAUUAAG